CAGUCCUGAACUGAGGAUCUAACCCCCCCAAACUUUCAGUUAAUCCUGCAGCCACUAGGCGAUGUCUGUCCUGUCUUUGGUCUCAUAGUUUGCCCUUUGAACCCAGCAGGAGGCCAUUUUGACUUUCUUUGCAGUCAGAGAGAGCACAUGGUUGAACAUCGACGUCUUCUUUAUGGAUCACUCAUAGAAGAACCGUCUGGAGAAGAGAAAAAAACCGAGGAGGCUGUUUGGGGCGUCAUCCAAUCUGAGCGCAGGACGCGCGACGCGCAGGCACAAAAAAAAAAAAAAAAAAAAAAAAACCCUCGUGAUAACCCAGGCACAGUGAUGCUGAAAGUGGCGACGUGAGGUGAGCCUGAAGGAAAUGACUGGACCCCCCUACCCCCCCUUUAAAAAAAAAAAAGAAUACACACAAUAACAAAACAUGAGAUGUUAGAAUGAAUGAUGAGGGUUUGACUGUGCGUCCGUGAGAAAACAUGUCCGGUUCGUCCAUCAGCUGGCGCGGCUGAAGUCUCUCCUCCUCCUCCUCCUCCUGUGGAUUGUGGAAGUGCCAACCUUAAAAAGAAAAAGAAACACCAGCGCACGGGGAUCGAGGACUACAACAAUUCUCGAGGAUUUGUCACUCAGCUUGAACGGAGGGAAGCUUCCCUUUCCAGGUUUCGCCUCCUGACAGCACGCCCUCCACGGACGCCAAGACGUUGUUCCGCGUAGACCCGGCUUGCCUCAGUCCGAGCAGUGCAGUCCGUGCGGGAAGGUCGGCACUCGGCGCCCUGCAGCAGGAGGCCGGAGACAUGAUGGUCCACUGUGCCGGGUGCGAACGGCCCAUCUUGGACCGGUUCCUCCUCAACGUCUUGGACAGAGCUUGGCACGCAAAGUGCGUCCAGUGUUGUGAGUGCAACUGCAACCUGACCGAGAAGUGCUUCUCCAGGGACGGGAAGCUCUAUUGCAAAAUGGACUUUUUCAGGCGGUUUGGUACAAAAUGUGCGGGAUGUCUGCAGGGAAUCUCUCCAAACGACCUGGUCCGCAAAGCCCGCAGCAAGGUGUUUCAUCUGAACUGCUUCACCUGCAUGGUGUGUAACAAGCAGCUGUCCACGGGAGAGGAACUCUAUGUGAUAGACGAAAACAAGUUUGUGUGCAAAGAAGAUUAUAUGAGCUCCGGAGCCAUUAAAGAAGUCAACCUGAACUCAGUGUCAUCAUGUACGGAUAGGAGUUUAUCGCCGGAUCUGCAGGACCCAAUACAGGACGACAUAAAGGAGACGGACAAUUCAACGUCCUCAGAUAAGGAAACGAACAAUAUUGAGAAUGAGGAGCAGAACUCGGGCACCAAACGGAGGGGACCGAGGACGACCAUCAAGGCCAAACAGCUGGAAACGUUAAAGGCCGCGUUUGUCGCCACGCCGAAACCGACCCGGCACAUCCGAGAACAGCUGGCCCAGGAAACGGGACUAAACAUGCGGGUCAUCCAGGUUUGGUUCCAGAACAGAAGAUCCAAAGAGCGACGAAUGAAGCAGCUGAGCGCCCUCGGCGCGCGGCGGCACGCCUUCUUCAGGGGCCCGAGGAGGAUGAGGCCCCUGGGAGGAAGGCUGGAGGAUCCAGACAUUUUAGGACCCGGGGCCUACGGUUACUACGGAGAAUACCAAGGCGACUAUUACGGACCAGGAAGCAACUACGACUUCUUCCCCCACGGCCCUCCGUCUUCGCAGGCUCAGUCUCCGGCCGAGUCCCCUUACAUUUUGGGCUCCGGACCAGGAGCAAUGGAGGGAUCGGGCCACCAUCCAUCAGACGACCAAAGGUUCACGGACAUGAUCUCCCAUGCGGAAACCCCCAGUCCGGAGCCGGGCUUACCGAGCUCCCUGCAGCCCGUCCCGGGGGACGCUUACGGGGGCGGACCGAGUCCUCCUUUCUCCUUGGCUAGUAACUCCAGCUACAGCGCUCCUAUGUCCCACCAAGGCCAGGAGAUGGGAGAAACCACCGCCUGGUAAAGGACAAACCAAUUUUGGGUUGGGGGGGAGCAGGAGGAGGAGGACCAUUCCUGGGCUGAAUGUCCAGCCUAGUUAAUUCAGGAGAUGAAAAAAGAAAAGAGCGAGAAGUAAUUUUUUUUUGAAAAUCCCCGGACUGAUUUGACGAACUGAUGGAACCGUGGAACCAAGACUGGGACAGCUUGCUGGAAAUAGUUCAUAUUCGCUGCCUGGUAGACACUCCAAAGCAUAUCCCUUCCUGGAUUAUUGGACUUGAAUUAUUUAACAACAACAACAACAACAAAAAAACACAAAAAAAAUGUCACGAUUCCACCCAGCAAAAAUGCUUCUCGCCUUCCCCUUGAUGUUAACGAAGGUAUAUCUUCUAAUGCUCUAAGAGCACGUUAGAGAGAAACGCCAAAGGGGACAUCUUUCAUUUCUCACCACAUUUUUUUUUGUUCCUUUUUAAAGCAUUUUUUUUUUCCAUUCAGUCUUCGUCGCUAACACACUCUACCCUCAAUAUUAAAAAAUCCCAGGUUUUAAUACAUGCUUUAAGGUUCUUAUACGAACACGUACGUGUGUUGUUGUUUUUUUUGGUUAAAAAACAAAAACAAACGCUGCUUUAAAAACACUCAACACACACACACACAGUCACACGUCUCAGCUAUAAAUCCUUUAAUGCACAAAAUGUGUUCUUGAUCGUAGCUCUAAAGAAGGAUGUCUAUACUAUUAUUCAAAACACGUACACAAUUAUACAGACGCUUGCACACACACACACACACACACACAGAUCUCACACCCAUGCAGCCGGCCCUGAUAGUUCUGCUCUGCAGACUGCUUCACCUGACCUUCCUUUUGUUACUGUCCCUUUUUGAAAAAAAAAAAAAAAACAUGUUUUAAUGGAAAUGAUUUUCAAAA